AGAGUUGCGGCCCUUCGCUUGCUGCCUGCAGAUAGGUGAAAAUGUUAAAUGAUAAAACAAUUAUUGUUAUGAAUACGGAUAGUCAGCUAUACUAAUCAUUAUGAUGGCAACACUACGUGGGACAGUCUUCACUGUGUGUGAUUUGGUCUUCCACCCAACACCUCACAGAUGUUCCACCCAGCUCGCCUGUCUAUGUGUCCGACUCUAUCACCAUGGCAACAGCAGUGGGCGGAGACCACAGGCUGUUGUUGAUGCCAUCAAUGUUCAGGCCCAUCGCAAGUCGAAGAGAAUGGAUGCCAAGAUUCAGUAUUCAGACGUCAUAAGCCAGCUGAACGACAUCCUCCGUGGCGGUCAGACCGGGCUGACUGCGCGGGAUAGUCUGGGGAGCCGACUGGGCACGCUCGAGAGCCUUGGCUGUUCAAUGAGCGACGUCCAGGAAUAUCCGCAGAUUCUCCGACUGACGGAGACUGAGGUCAUCAAACGCGCUCAGAGACUCAAGCGGCUUGGAGUCGACCCCAUCACCGUGGAGACGCUGAGAGUUGCGAGAUUUAAAUUGGACAAAACAGUUGCCAAGAAGCUUCAACUGUCAGACAGUGGAAUUGUUCAGAAAAUUAUUAAACCAAAGAUCACGGUUGCAAGAAGUUUUGGUAAGUUGCUUCAGUGCACACCCGAGGAGUGUCAAACAAUGCAGGUGAGAAACCCGUCGUUUACCCUCUCCAAGAAUCAUCCAGUGAUUGAAAAGAAGGUGAACUGUUACAGGAAUAUGGCGUCACUUCAGAUCUCAUCGACAGAAAUCCCAGCAUUUUCAGGAAGAGUUUGA